AGAAAGUGCGAAAAAGGAGGAACGAAUCUCACGCUCCCUGCGACAUACAGACAUCCUGAGACAGUCCUCCCCAUUGCUCACGACGACGGAAAAUGUCCCGAACAAUGAAAGGAUUAACUUGUCCGAAAGGCGUAGCAGCGGCCAUGGCGGAGACUUCGGCUUCAUCGAGUGUCUGUCGAGCGAUUUUUCGUGCGGGAAGGAAGCGAGGAUUUCUCUCUUGCCUCCUCCUCCUUCUUCUUCUUCCUUUCUGGGUUUCUCUCGGGUUCCAAAACGUCUACCAUCUACGGCGUCACAGAGGGCUCCUUCAGAAGACGAUAAGUGAAAUACCGUUUAGCGUCACAAGUAAAACCGUAGAGGUGCCCUAUGACGUUACAAGUAAAGAGGUGGAAAUGCUCUCUGGCGUCACGAACAAAAGGUUAGAGACGCCCUUUGACGCCACAAGCAGUAAGCUUAAGACUCCAUUUUACGUCACGAGUAAAAAGCUAGAGACGCUCUAUGACGUCAAUGUCAAGAAGAUAGAUAAACCCAACGACUUUGCAAUUAAGAAGCGAAAUACACCUCAUGACGUCACAGAUACACCUCAUACCGUCACUGGUGUAAGACUAAAGACACCCCAUAGCGUCCCCAGAGAAAAGCAGUUAAUGCCCUUCAACGCCACGAGCGAAAAGUUAGAUAUGCCGCAUGACGUCACUCGCGAAAACUUACCAUCCUAUGAUGAUUCCAUGAAGAACGAUGACGUCAUGAACAGCAAUGUUGCUGGGGUAAACAACAACGAAAAUGGAAAGCAAGAAAAGAUCAUUUUACUGUGGAAGAAAUUUAAGAGGGAUGUUUCGGAAUGGCGACACAUAUUUUCCAGGCAGGAGCGGGGCGAGUGCGGGGGCGCGCCGUGCCGUGUGCUGUACGACAAGGCAUUCCUCCGGGAGGCCGACGCCGUGGUGAUCAGACCGACCGUGCGUCGCCUGCCGCGCGCCAGGACGCCGAGGCAGCUUUGGGUUCUGUUCUCCGUGGAGGCCCCGACGCACCCCGAAUGGAGCAUCGCCCGGGGCAGGAGGGGGAUCUUCAACUGGACUAUGACUUACCACCGGGACUCUGACGUGAUCAUGCCCUUUGGUCGCGUUCUGCCUCGCCUUCCCCACCACCGUCAGGAGAGAGAGCGCGAUCACUGGUCUGAGAAAAAUGCCUCGCGAUUGGCCGUGUGGAUAACAUCGCACUGCGAAACCCCAUCGCGACGUGAGGAGUACGUGGCUGCUCUUCGUCGGGUAGUCGACGUGGACGUGUACGGGUCGUGCGGGAACCUCUCGAGCGGGACGCGAGACACCAUCGUCUACAUGCCGAAGGAGGUGUCCAGCUUCCGCCUCGGCAACUCCUACAUGUUCUACCUCGCCUUCGAAAACUCAGUCUGCGAAGACUACGUGACGGAGAAAUUCUUCAAGGCCCUGGCCAUGGACGUGGUGCCCGUGGUGCUGGGCGGGGCCGACUACUCGUCCAUAGCGCCCCCGAACUCCUUCGUCGCCGCCAUGGACUUCGCCAGCCCCGUCCUCCUGGGCGCCCACCUGCUCUCGAUCGCUCGCAACCGCUCGCUUUAUAACAGCUUCUUCGCGUGGAAAAGCGAGUACCAGAUAGACCUUGGCUUUCCUUUUUACCCCCUGGUGUGUGAUCUGUGCAGGAAGUUGCAUCAAAGCAGUCGGCAAAAUGUGAGAACUUACACGGAUGUUGAGAGUUGGUUUAGAAAAGUAUCUCGCUGUCAUCCGUGGCAGAGACCAGGCCGUCAGCAGAGUCGAUUACCCUGAACUGGGAAUUCCGCGAGUGAAGAAGUUUAGUCCUUUCUCCGUCAGACUCACUCUCUUUCUCUUUCUCUCUCUCUCUCUCUCUCUCUCUCUCUCUCUCUCUCUCUCUCUCUCUCUCUCUCUCUCUCUCUCUCUCUCUCUCUCUCUCUCUCUCUGUCUCUCUCUCUCUCUCUCCUUUCGCGAGUGAAGAAGUUUAGUCCUUUCUCCGUCAGACUCACUCUCUUUUUCUUUCUCUUU